AAGUCCUUGAGCAAGCCUCUCAGCCCGCAAAAUUAAUAUUCUUAUUUUGAAACAUGCUUGCAAAUCAUAUUCAAAUGCUUAGAAAUGUGAGGCUACUCGGUGACUUUUGGUGCAAAGGUGGAAAUGAUACCCCGUGAUGGAGCCAUGGAAGUUUCGCGAUGAAGCUGAACGUCGUCAUGGAGCGGAGCUUCAAUGCCUACCUAGAUUUCUUGUGUCCCUACUUGGUAUAUAUGGAUGACGGCGGGACGGUAUUCCACCUCCUUGCUCAUCCAUCACCAUCAAGCCAAGUCACCUCAGAACAACAAGUCUCAUCCCCGCCUUAGUCCUCACAGCAACAACAGCAACAACAACCACAACACGAACUCCGCCAUCAUGUCGUCCCUCAGCCAUCUCAAGCCCAUCAAGGUCUGGGGCAAGGGCGGACCCAACCCGCCAAAGGUCGCCAUGAUCGUUGCCGAGCUGGGCAUCCCGCACGAGAUUGUGGAUAUCCAAUUCAGCGAGCUCAAGAAACCCGACUUCAUCGCCAUCAACCCCAACGGCCGCAUGCCGGCGAUCCAGGACCCCAACACCAACCUCACGCUCUGGGAGUCCGGGGCGAUCCUCGAGUACCUGACCGAGAAGUACGACACGGACCGCAAGCUCAGCUUCGAGCCGGGCUCGCCCGAGGCCUACCUGGCCAAGCAGUGGCUCUACUUCCAGGUCUCGGGCCAGGGCCCCUACUACGGCCAGGCCGUGUGGUUCACCAAGUACCACCCGGAGAAGGUGCAGACCGCGGUGGACCGCUACGUCAAGGAGAUCAUCCGCGUCACCACCGUGCUGGAGGGCGAGCUCGCGCGGCAGAGGGAGGCGCACGGCGCCGAGGAAGGCUUCGACGGGCCGUGGCUGGUCGGCAACAAGAUGUCGUACGUCGACUUUGCCUUCUACCCGUGGCAGUCCGGCGUCCAGAAGUUCCUCGGCCCGGACAACAACGAGUACCGGUUGGACGACUUCCCCAACGUGAAGGCGUGGCUGGAGAAGCUGGGUGCGCGGGAGUCGGUCAAGAACGCGAUGCAUUUCUAGGGUCACUCAGGAUGGGGGGAAAAAUGUUGGACAUGCACCAAGGUGCCUAGGUUGUUAGCGGGGGGAAGGGUCAUUUGUGAGUAGAAGAAAGGGGGUCAGUGGUUUCACUGGCAAGUCCUGAAUUGUACUCGUAAUGCUACGGUUCUAUCAGCAAUUCAUCACGGUAUUUCAAUCAAUGGCAUGCUGUGCUCUCCGUGAUGGAGACACCGGGAUCUUCUCUUGAACACCUUCACAGCGUGCACAUGUGCGGUCUGGGGGCUCGGCCUCCCUCAUGAAUUGGCUUACCACCUUCCAAACGGCGGUGAGCGAGUGGUCUUGAAAGUGUUAAUUGUCGCCAAAGGGAAAAGUAAGUUUAGGAAGGAACGUGAUUCGCAGCCGUGUCAAAAGUGUCGGGAACAAUUAGCCACAUUGUGCCGAGGCACUAACUAACAGUUUGACUGGCAAUGAGCGAGUUCUCCUGAUAGUGAGCGUCAUCUGCAGAUGAGGUGAGUCCAG